UAAAGGGAGCGAACAAAGAGAACUCCCAGCAGCCGCCCGCCAGCGCCUUGCCGCUGCAUCAGGAGACGUCAGUCAAGCCCGGAAGGCUGUUGGAAUCCGCCUCCCUGCGAAAAGCUCAAGUAAAUAAUUGAUGGCAAUUGACGCGGUCCAGGACAAAGCUUUGAGGAAAGCCAGUGCAUCCGAUUUCGAGCGGUUUGGGAAUCUUCCGCCGAGUAAGGGGUAUGCGAGUGCAGCGAGGACUGUGAGCUUGGCUACCGGUCUUCCAUCGCGGGCGUGGCUCUGGCCUUUUUGUCUUCUUGCCGCCCGCCCCUCCGCCUCCGCACUCCGCCUUCUUCUCUUCCCUUUUGAAAGUAGCCUCUGGUUACUUCUACGCAGUCCUCCCUUGCAAUCCCGCCCCCUCCCCUGCCCAGUCCGGUGAGGCCAGCUCACGAAUAUCAGUGCACUUCCCGGGGAGCGUCUGGCACGGCUUGGUACCUUGCGUGUUCGCCUGCUCAGAGCCGCAGCUCCAGCCCAGCCGCGGGCCGCCAAGGAGUAAUCCGCUCUUCCGGCCGUUGAGCCUCCACGUUAACGCCAUUGUUUGGAGAAACAGAGUGGGUGUGGAACUGGGGCGAACCGGUCCAAAGUCAAAAGUGCUCAGCCAGAUAGUCGCAUAUAUAAAACUACGAAGUUAAACUCUCCUCGUCUCCGAAAAGACACAGUAAGAACCCUGAGGUCCCCGGAAGAUCAGAAGGAAAGCGCUGUUGAUUUGCUCCAGCCUCAAAACAUCGCCUCUGCCAAGAAAUUAGAAAGGAAGGUUGCUGGCAGUGAGGAGGGAAGAGAGUGAUCUGGUGAUAGACUAUUGUAAAUCGCCUCUGAUAGAUUCUUCCUAGACCGCAAUGAGUCAGCCACCGACGGGGGGCGCUGCCCCUGCCACAGCCGCAGCUUCUGCCGCCACAGCUGCCACUGAGGCUCGCUUGCACCCGGAGGGCAGCAGCAGAAAGCAGCAGCGUGCUCAGUCACCCGCUAGACCGAGAGACAAUUCGGUCCGACAGACCACCGCGGCCACCCGGUCCCCGGUAGGGGCUGGUACUAAACUCAAUUCUAUUCGACAGCAGCAGCUGCAGCAGCAGCAGGGCAACAAGACCGGGAGCCGCACGGCGCCUCCGGCCAGCGCCCGAGGAAGCGGAGGAGGGGCGGAGAAGACCGCGCCCCUGGCGCCCAAGGGGGCCGCGCCGGGAGCUGUCCAGUCCUUGGCUGGUGCUGAAGUGGCCCCCGUGGCGACCCUGGCCCCGGUGGGUGUCAGGAGGCCUGGCGCGUUGGAGGAGCCGCCCCGGGAGCUAGAGCCCGCGUCCUCUAAACUCGGGGAACCCCCUCCUCUCGGAGAAGGAGGAGGAGGGGGUGGGGAAGGAGGAGGAGCCGGCAGCGGCUCUGGGGAAAGGGAGGGGGGCGCUCCGCAGCCGCCGCCGCCGCCCAGGGGUUGGCGAGGGAAAAGCGUACGCGCUCAGCCGAGGGGCGGCAGCGGCGCGGAGGGGGCCUCCCCCUCGCCAUCCACCUCCUCUGCGGGCAAAACCCCAGGCUCCGGCAGCAGAAACUCUGGGAUUGGCGUUGUGGGGCCUGGCAGCGGUGGCGGAGGGAGCUACUGGAAAGAAGGAUGUCUGCAGUCUGAGCUCAUCCAGUUCCAUCUCAAGAAAGAGCGGGCGGCGGCGGCGGCGGCCGCGGCUCAGAUGCACAGUAAGAACGGCGGCGGCGGCAGCAAUCGCAGCUCUCCGGUCGCUGGCGCCCCUGCCAUUUGUGAGCCCCUCGCAGUCCCUCCCACCUCCCCAAUGGCGGCGGCAGCAGAGGGCCCCCAACAGGGCGCAGAGGGCAGCGCGAGCGGCGGCGGCGGCAUGCAGGCAGCGGCGCCCCCUUCGUCGCAGCCGCACCCGCAGCAGCUCCAGGAGCAGGAGGAAAUGCAGGAGGAGAUGGAGAAGCUGCGGGAGGAAAACGAGACUCUCAAGAACGAGAUCGAUGAACUGAGGACCGAGAUGGACGAGAUGAGGGACACUUUCUUCGAGGAGGAUGCCUGCCAACUGCAGGAAAUGCGCCACGAGUUGGAGAGAGCCAACAAAAACUGCCGGAUCCUGCAGUACCGCCUCCGCAAAGCCGAGCGCAAAAGGCUCCGCUACGCGCAGACCGGGGAGAUCGACGGGGAGCUGUUGCGCAGCCUGGAGCAGGACCUCAAGGUAGCAAAGGAUGUAUCUGUGAGACUUCACCAUGAAUUGGAAAAUGUGGAAGAAAAGCGAACAACAACAGAAGAUGAAAAUGAGAAACUGAGGCAACAGCUUAUAGAAGUUGAGAUAGCAAAGCAAGCUCUGCAGAAUGAACUGGAAAAAAUGAAGGAGUUAUCUUUAAAGAGAAGAGGAAGCAAAGAUUUGCCAAAAUCUGAAAAGAAGGCUCAACAGACUCCCACAGAGGAGGACAAUGAAGAUCUGAAAUGCCAGCUGCAGUUCGUGAAGGAAGAAGCUGCUUUGAUGAGAAAGAAAAUGGCCAAGAUUGAUAAAGAAAAGGACAGAUUCGAACACGAGCUCCAGAAGUACAGAUCCUUUUAUGGGGAUCUGGACAGUCCUUUGCCUAAAGGAGAAGCCGGGGGGCCUCCCAGCACCAGAGAGGCUGAGCUCAAGCUGCGGCUGAGGCUGGUGGAGGAAGAAGCCAACAUCCUCGGCAGAAAAAUCGUCGAACUGGAGGUGGAGAACAGAGGCCUGAAGGCGGAACUGGAUGAUCUGAAGGGCGACGACUUUAACGGCUCGGCCAACCCCCUCCUGCGGGAGCAGAGCGAAUCCCUGUCGGAGCUGCGGCAGCACCUGCAGCUGGUGGAAGACGAGACGGAGCUGCUGCGGAGGAACGUGGCCGACCUGGAGGAGCAGAACAAGCGCAUCACGGCGGAGCUCAACAAGUACAAGUACAAGUCGGGCGGCCACGAGAGCGCGCGGCACCACGACAGCGCCAAGACCGAGGCCCUGCAGGAGGAGCUGAAGGCGGCUCGCCUGCAGAUCAACGAGCUCAGCGGCAAGGUCAUGCAGCUGCAGUACGAGAACCGCGUGCUCAUGUCCAACAUGCAGCGCUAUGACCUGGCUUCUCACCUGGGCAUCCGCGGCAGCCCCCGCGACAGCGACGCCGAGAGCGAUGCGGGCAAGAAGGAGAGCGACGACGACUCGCGGCCGCCACACCGCAAGCGCGAAGGGCCCAUCGGCGGCGAGAGCGACUCGGAGGAGGUGCGCAACAUCCGCUGCCUCACGCCCACCCGCUCCUUCUACCCCGCGCCCGGACCCUGGCCCAAGAGCUUCUCUGACCGGCAGCAGAUGAAGGACAUCCGCUCGGAGGCCGAGCGCCUGGGCAAGACCAUCGACCGGCUCAUCGCUGACACCAGCACCAUCAUCACCGAGGCGCGCAUCUACGUGGCCAACGGGGACCUGUUCGGACUGAUGGACGAGGAGGACGAUGGCAGCCGCAUCCGCGAGCACGAGCUGCUCUACCGCAUCAAUGCGCAGAUGAAGGCCUUCCGCAAGGAGCUGCAGACCUUCAUCGACCGCCUCGAGGUGCCCAAGUCCGCGGACGACGCCGGCGCCGAGGAGCCCAUAUCCGUGAGUCAGAUGUUCCAGCCUAUCAUUUUACUUAUUCUCAUUCUUGUAUUAUUUUCAUCACUUUCUUACACAACGAUAUUUAAACUUGUCUUCCUUUUUACACUGUUUUUUGUACUGUAAAUCUCUCAUCAUUUACCAUUCAUUGUAGUAUUUUCAGUUUGUUUGUUUUGUUCACCCUUCAAGACAAGAAGUAAAAGAAGUAUAAUUUCUGUAGUAACCAAUGCUGUAAAAACACUGAAGACUGCUUAUUUCUUUAAAAAGACACAUCUUACCACUACUAAAUUCAAUAAGAAGCCUGAGCAUUAAAUGUUUCAGGUAAGGGAGUAAGUAUGACUUCUCUUUUUAUGAAUCAUUUAAAUUUUUACUUCUUUCUUUUACAUCUUGAUUUGCACUCUUCUUAAAUCACUGUAAGAAUGACUGUAAAAAUUGCCUAGAUCUCUCAAUUAUUUCUCAGUAUUUGACUAUUAUGAUAAUUCAAAAGCUGGACAUUCACAAGUUGGUCACAUCUUAGAAAAUAUAUAGACUUAUAAAGUACUUUUGCUAGGUUGCAACAGACUAACAACAUAAUUUUGAUAACCAAUAAAUAUCAAUGAAAAUUAUGGUGAACAAAUGAAAUGUGACCAUCAUGGGAACUAAACUAUUUAUUGUGAUACUGAUGGUGUUCUGUCUAAAAAGAUGUGUUUGGAAGCAUGAGAGUGGAUUAGGCCUUAGUUCAUUGAGAAAGUAAUUAUCUUCAUCCUACUACAUUUGACCAGCUUCAACCAUUCCAACCAAACCAACCAUUUCUGCAUUUACCUGUUAUACUUGGAGCCAUAUAUUGCUAAUCAAGUUUUUGCCUGGAGUCCUGUCCUCUAUAAUAGGUUACCACACAGAACUGCUUCUGGGGCAGGAAAUAUGCUAGAAAUACAGUAUAUUAAAUAUUUUGAGUAGGGAAAAGAAUAGUCAUUCUGUAGAAUUUCAUUAAAUCACAGUCCAAAGCCAGUAGCAUAGUUCCAGUGGGAGUUGCUCUCUAGACAAACUUACUUUGGUGAACCUCAACAUUAUCCUUUCUCCUCCUACCUAAAGUGGCCUGGAUAGGUUUCCUGUACCCAGAAGGUCCUAUUCUGUCAACCUCAUUGGCAGUUUACAGAGUGGAAAGCUGGACUGCACUACUGUCACCAAGAUUCAGAAAUACUAGCACUCGUUGACGUCACAGACGUAGAGAUACUUGUAUGUUGGUUGGUGGAUAUGAAAAUCUGUAGUAAAGUGAAGUGUCUUGCCCUCAGCAUAAAAAGUAAUAUAUGGAAAAUCUUUGCUCUAAUACAAAAUUUGGUACUGGCAACAGUCUUUUGAGUCCUCAUCCCCCAGCACGUCAGUUUCCCUUUGAGUAUUAAUUUAAUAAAAAGGAAAACUACAUAAUAGUUUAAAAUUUAGUUUAUAAUACCUGCUCUUAAUAUCCAUGGUUUUCAAUUUAAUUUUGGUUUUCAUUUUGUUUUGUUUUGAGGGGAGGAGAGACCGGGAGUGAGGAGUGGUUGACCAACAGUUCAAAUCUGUCACUACAUACUUGCGGCUUUUUGUCUUAGAGAUUCAAAUGGCUAGAUAGAACGUCAUGACAAGAACAAAUGAAAUAACAUAAAUGCUAUACUUAAUUAUUCAAGUGUUACUUUUUAAAAAUUCUCAUCUCAGGAAAAGCAACCACUUUAAAAAUCAAAAUUUGUCUGUUAGAUCCUUGGUCAACCCCUAGACCACCAUCUCAGAGGAACCAUUUUGGCAAUGGAAGUGGAACUGAAGGUAAAUGUUUGAGGCUGAAAUUUAUCUGAAAUAUUUAUUGCCUUGGGAGCCAGAUACAGCCAGCUAAGCAAGCAAUGACUCUCAGCUACCUAUGGAGCAUUUGGUAGCUUAUGGAGGUGUUGCCAGUUCCAGUCACAAUGACUGGAAGCUCAUUGGCAUUUAGAGGAAAGGGGUCAGAAUUUCAAAUAAUUGUCCUGCCCAGAUUCCUAACAUUAUCCCUCUGGGGAAGCAUGGCAUGCAGUGCACUUGUUCACUUCAGAAGGAUCGUGGAUAUUCAGUACCCUGUGUGGCUUUAAGAAACUGGCUUUAGAAUUGAAACUUUCUUUACCACAAGGAGAAUCAAGAACUAAAUAUCUAGAUCAGUGGUUUUCAACCCUAGCCAUACAUCAGAAUUCCUGGCAUGCUUUUAGAAUUGAGACCCUACUUCACACUAAUUGAAACUGAAUGUAUGAGCCCAAGCAUUUAUAUAUGUAUUUUUUUAAACUCCCAAGAACUAAUUCUUGAGAUGUUUGAAUUAUCAAAAAUAUGUAGAUACAGCUUAUACCAAGGUUAUAGUAAACCAUGUGAUAAUAGCUGUAUAGAAUCAUCAGUUGUCUAGGUUUUUAGUAGACCUUAAAGUUCCAGGCAUUCAUUGGAUAUCCGUAUCCUCUCUAGGGCAUUUCCACCUUUGUCAUAUGGCCUUUGCCACAAGUCCUCUAAUGACAAAGAAGUUCUCUUUCCACACUGGUGAUAGUGUUAGAAAACUCCCCUUUCAUUCAUACAGGUGUUUAAAGCAAACAAUAUCAGAGAAGACGAAUAGGAAUAGUACAUGACAGAAAGGAGAACCGAGGUCAGUAUUGUGUGUGUGCAGGGUCACACACACACUUGGAGAUACAGACACAUGUGAAUGCUGAAUUAAAGCCUCAAGAUGAUCUCACACACACACCCUAACAAACCACCACUUUGUCGUUAUACAGUCACCUCUGCUACAAAGCUUCCCCAUGUGAUCCACAGAGAGGAUAUGGUGUCCCAGCAAGAAUGAUGGAUGCCAACUGAUUCUACCCUCCAAACCCAGACGAGAAAGCAUACAUAAAGAGAUGUGAGAAUGGAGCAAAAAGAUAGAGCAUGGAUCCUUUGUCUACUUAACAAACUUUUUUUUUUUUUUU